AUGUUUCUCCCAGAAUUCGCAAGUUUCGUGGCGGCCAUCUUGUUCGCUGUGCACCCAAUACACACUGAAGCUGUGACGGGUGUAGUCGGUAGAGCUGAGAUGCUGUCGUCUGUCUUCUUUCUUGGAGCGCUGUUGUGUUACGCGAGGGCAGCUAGUAGGAGACGUUGCACCGACUGGCGGUAUGUGGCUGCGUGUACGGCGUGCGUGGGAGUGGCAAUGCUGUGCAAAGAGCAGGGCAUCACUGUCACAGCUGUUUGUGUUGUUUACGAGCUCUUUGUAGCACAGAAGCGCCGAUCGACUACUGGCCAAAAUUGGCUGGAGGUCUGGGGCAAAGGUGGCUGGGGCUGCGCAUGCGGCGAAGCUGCUAGAAGAAUCACAACCGUAUGCUUUGCGACACUCGCUCUGCUAGCAGCCAGGCUUCACGUGAUGGGCGCUCAACUACCUGUCUUUACCAGAUUUGACAACCCUGCGGGUGCUGCUCUUCCACCAGCUAGGCAUCUGACAUUUGCAUAUCUACCAGCGUUGAAUGCAUGGCUUCUGACCUUACCUGAAGCACUCUGCUGCGAUUGGACUAUGGGUACAGUGACUCUUCUCAAGUCGUGGCGGGAUCCGAGAAACAUAGCCACACUAGCACUUGGCACGUCACUAGUUGCGGGAGGGAUACACGCUUUGCGCACGCGCUCAUCGGCUUUAUCUAUGGGUCUUGCAUUACUGGUCCUUCCAUUCCUGCCGGCCUCAAACCUGUUCUUCCCAGUAGGAUUUGUGGUGGCAGAACGAGUUCUUUAUAUGCCUUCCAUGGGAUGGUGUCUUAUCAUCGCGCACGGAUGGAGACUUCUAGCCAAGAAGAGAGCUAUGCUGGCUGCUUCUACGCUUAUAUUUCUCUUACUUGCCUUCAGUGCCAAAACAUACGUACGGAAUUGGGAUUGGAAGACUGAAUACACCAUUUUUGCAUCUGGCCUUAAGGUUAACCGUAACAACGCAAAACUUUACAACAAUGUAGGCCACGCCUUAGAGGCUGACGGGAGAUAUGGGGAAGCGUUAGAGUUCUUCAAAACAGCCGUCAACGUCCAGCCAGAUGACGUCGGAGCUCACAUCAACGUCGGCAGAACAUUUAACCACCUCGGGAGGUACCAAGAUGCUGAAGAUGCUUACGUACAGGCGAAAUCUCUCCUUCCGAAAGCGAAACCAGGGGAAUCGUACCAAGCAAGAAUUGCUCCCAAUCAUCUAAAUGUCUUCCUGAAUCUGGCGAAUUUGAUAUCAAAGAACGCCACUCGAUUGGAAGAAGCGGAUAUGUUGUAUAGACAAGCGAUUAGCAUGAGAGCCGAUUACACUCAAGCGUACAUAAAUAGAGGGGAUAUACUGAUUAAGCUGAACAGGACUAAGGAAGCACAGGAAGUGUACGAAAGGGCGCUGUUGUAUGAUAGCGGGAAUCCGGAUAUUUAUUAUAAUUUAGGCGUAGUCCUCCUAGAGCAAGGCAAAGCUUCCCAAGCCUUGGCCUACCUCGACAAGGCCUUGGAACUUGAGCCGGAACACGAACAAGCGUUAUUGAACUCUGCCAUCUUGCUUCAAGAACUUGGCGCCGCCGAUUUGAGACAUCUCGCGAGAUCACGUUUGCUGAAGUUACUUGACAAAGAUUCUACAAACGAGCGCGUGCAUUUCAACCUAGGCAUGGUCUGUAUGGACGAAGGUGACGCAGAAUGCGCCGAACGCUGGUUCCGCGCAGCUGUUCACCUAAAACCCGACUUCCGAUCCGCGCUCUUUAACCUCGCCUUGUUGCUCGCCGAUCGGCGUCGGCCUUUAGAAGCUGCGCCGUUUCUGAAGCAACUCGUCAGGCAUCACCCAGAUCAUGUGAAGGCGCUCGUGCUUUUGGGAGAUAUUUAUAUUAAUUCUGUUAAAGAUCUUGAUGCCGCGGAAAGUUGCUACCGCCGCAUCCUCGAACUUGAGCCGGACAACGUGCAAGCCUUACACAAUCUCUGCGUCGUCGCGGUUGAAAGAGGAAAGCUCGCUAUCGCCGAGGAAUGUCUCACCCGCGCCGCCUCCCUCGCGCCCCACGAACACUACAUUCAGCGCCAUCUAGCGGUCGUGAGGGCGAGACGAGCGGCGGUCACCCCAACAAAUCCUGCGAAUUCCCCCACAAAUCCCCCCACAGAGGUCAAGGCGAGAUGGAAUUAUAUCCCCCAACAGCCCCCGGAUCCGCACGAAACUGACCCUUCAUAG